AUGGCUGAGAAGGACCCAGAGAGGAUUAUAGCUACAGACCCCAGAAAUAAUUAUGAUAGAAAAUGCCUUAUUAUCCGGAAGCUUCUGAAGUUCAACCCUAAAGAAGUGUUUACAUGGCAGCUGGUGAAGACAGUAGCCAUGGGUCAGGGUUUGGCUGUUCUCAUGUGUGGUACAGCAGUAACAUCCCAGUACCUGGCUUCAGACUACCACGUGGACGCGCCCAUGCUCCAGAGCUUUAUGAGCUACGCACUGCUCUGCAUCACCUACACCACCGCUCUGCUGUUCAGAACAGGGGAUGGAAAUAUGUUUCAGAUUUUAAAGAAGAGGUGGUGGAAGUAUCUCCUAGUAGGCUUGGUGGACGUCGAGGCUAACUACACAGUGGUUAAAGCUUACCAGUACACUACACUCACCAGUAUACAGCUGCUGGACUGUUUUGUGAUCCCUGUGUUGAUGAUACUCUCAUGCUGGUUCCUGAAGACGUGCUACAGACCCGUCCACUACAUAUCUGUGUGUGUCUGUCUGCUGGGGGUGGGGGCCAUGGUGGGAGCUGACCUACUGGCUGGACGAGACUUGGGAUCCACCUCAGACGUUCUGCUAGGUGAUGGCUUGGUCCUGCUCAGUGCCAGUCUAUAUGCUGUGUCUAACUUGUGUCAGGAGUACACCGUCAAACACCUCAGCAGUGUAGAGUUCCUAGGCAUGGUCGGCCUGUUCGGCACACUCAUCAGUGGCAUACAGCUGGGUGUUCUGGAGCAUAACAACGUGGCAAACAUCCAAUGGGACUGGAGAAUCGGCCUGCUGUUUGCUGGCUAUGCCCUGUGUAUGUACAUCCUGUACAGCUGUAUGCCCAUAGUGGUCAAGAAGACCAGUGCUACAGCAGUCAACCUCUCCCUCCUCACUACAGACCUCCUCAGCCUCUUCUGUGGUCUGUUUCUCUUUCAAUACACGUUCUCAGGUCUGUACAUUGUGUCUCUGGUGAUCAUCCUGGUGGGCUUUGUCUCCUUCAACGCUGUGGCAACGACCCCUAACCCUGCAGACCCCAUCCCCCCCUCUGUGGGCUGGAAGGAGGGUGGCUAUGACAACCCUGAUGACAUAAUCAAUGAAGAAGUGGUGGUGGCAGUCUUGGAGGAGCAGGAAGAGUAAGAGGGUGAAUGCCCAGGGGUAUCGUGGAAUCAGAGAACACAGUAUGAGGAAGUACCGGCGAUGUGAUCUGAUCUACCAGACGAGCACUUCCCAAGAGUCUAUAGCUGUUCAUCUCCUUGUCUCCUUUCUUUCAUUCUUACCAUUCUAACAGAUCUACAAAUUCACCAGUGUACAGUUGAAGUUGGAAGUUUACAUACACUUAGGUUGAAGUCAUUAAAACUUGUUUUUCAACCACUCUUCAAAUUUCUUGUUAACAAACUAUAGUUUUGGCAAGUCGGAUAGGACAUCUACUUUAUGCAUGACAUAAGUAACUUUUCCAACAAUUGUUUACAGACAGAUUAUUUCACUUAUAAUUCACUGUAUCACAUUUCCAGUGGGUCAGAAGUUUACAUACAUUGAGUUGACUGUGCCUUUAAACAGGUUGGAAAAUUCCAUAAAAUUAUGUUAUGGCUUUAGAAGCUUCUGAUCGGCUAAUUGACAUCAUUUGAGUCAAUUGGAGGUGUAUCUGUGGAUGUAUUUCAAGGCCUACCUUCCAGCUCAGUGCCUCUUUGCUUGACAUCAUGGGAAAAUCAAAAGAAAUCAGCCAAGACCUCAGAAAGAAAUGGUAGACCUCCACAAGUCUGGUUCAUCCUUGGGAGCAAUUUCCAAACGCCUGAAGGUACCACGUUCAUCUGUACAAACAAUAGCACGCAAGUAUAAACACCAUGGGACCACGCAGCCAUCAAACCGCUCAGGAAGGAGAUGCGGUCUGUCUCCUAGAGAUGAAUGUACUUUGGUGUGAAAAGUGCAAAUCAAUCCCAGAACAACAGCAAAGGACCUUGUGAAGAUGCUGGAGGAAACAGGUACAAAAGUAUCUAUAUCCACAGUAAAACGAGUCCGAUAUCGACAUAACCUGAAAGGCCGCUCAGCAAGGAAGAAGCCACUGCUCCAAAACCGCCAUAAAAAAGCCAGACUAUCGUUUGCAACUGCACAUGGGGACAAAGAGCACUUUUUGGAGAAAUGUCCUCUGGUCUGAUGAAACAAAAAUAGAACUGUUUGGCCAUAAUGACCAUCGUUAUGUUUGGAGGAAAAAGGGGGAGGCUUGCAAGUUGAAGAACACCAUCCCAACCGUGAAGCACGGGGGUGGCAGCAUCAUGUUGUGGGGGUGCUUUGCUGCAGGAGGGACUGGUGCACUUCACAAAAUAGAUGGCAUCAUGAGGAUGGAAAAUUAUGUGGAUAUAUUGAUGCAACAUCUCAAGACAUCAGUCAGGAAUUUAAAGCUUGGUCGCAAAUGGGUCUUCCAAAUGGACAAUGACCCCAAGCAUACUUUCAAAGUUGUGGCAAAAUGGCUUAAGGAGAACAAAGUCAAGGUAUUGGAGUGGCCAUCACAAAGCCCUGACCUCAAUCAUAUAGAAAAUGUGUGGGCAGAACUGAAAAAGCAUGUGCGAGCAAGGAGGCCUACAAACCUGACUCAGUUACACCAGCUCUGUCAGGAGGAAUGGGCCAAAAUUCACCCAUCUUAUUGUGGAAAGCUAACCGAAAUGCAACAGAAUACUAAUUGAGCGUAUGUAAACUUCUGACCCACUGGGAACGUGAUGAAAGAAAUAAAAGCUGAAAUAAAUAAUUCUCUCUAGUAUUAUUCUUACAUUUCACUUUCUUAAAAUAAAGUGCUGAUCCUAACUGACCUAAGACAGAGAAUUUUUACUAGGAUUAAAUGUCAGGAAUUGUGAAAAACUGAGUUUAAAUGUAUUUGGCUAAGGUGUAUGUAAACCUCCGACUUCAACUGUAUGUACA